AUGCUAUGGUUCAGUUUGCUGGAGGCGACCUCACUCGGGCAGGCAGGCGCGCUCCGGAGUGCAGAGCGACUGCUAGGUAUGAAGAGCUUGUGCUUCAUACCCGACGUAAACCCUCAGAUGUGCUUGCACAUCAUGGUCCUGCUGACAGCCCCUGUGGUUGCUAAUUACGUCGUUUUUCACAUCCAGAUGUUGGUGAUUCGUACCAUGUGGACUAUCUCUAGGCAUUCUCGGAAUGUUUUCAAGCGCAUGGUGAAUGGCAACAUCGGAAAAGCCGCUCUGAUGUCUCUUUUCGAUGAUUUGCCUUGGGCGCCCAAGCAAGACUUGCGCAAGGAGGCGUUUGAGAAGCUGUACUCGCAAGCACGAGCGGAGCUCACACGCAUCCUGCAUGAAAAUGAUGCUACCAAGCGCAACAAAGUCCGUGCAGUGUUUGAUUUGGCAUCAAAGAAUGACGUGAGCCUCAGUCGCAAACAUCGUGAUGCAAAAGAUGCAGGCAAGCGAAAUCCAGCACCGGAAGAGCCCCGCAAGGGCCCUGCCAAGAAUCAGAGGUUGCAGCCACCAAAGGACCGAGUUUCCAUGCAGGAAGCCUUGCAGGACGGUGCCAUGGUGAAGGCUCUGAGUGACGGAGUGUGGUUGCAGCAUGUUUCCCUCGACAAACCCAACCCCAAGGGCGCUUUCUUGUUCUUGGAUGCGGACCAGGCCGAGUUGUUCCUUCAGCACUUCGCGGGUUCAAAGAACCCAGAGCCUUUGUUGAUGGUUUCAGAGUUCACGCCCACGGCGGAAAUGGAAAGAUACAUGCCCUCCACCAACCUCUUCAUCCCUGUCGAGCGUGGAGGACACAUGUCGUAUGUGCAGGGCUUUUACUGGCAGGUGGGAGAACAACCCCUCACCCUUCCAGCACAGCCACCAAAGGUUGACAUCACGCCCAUUUUGAAGGAAACCGUCAACCUGACCAUGUCUAUCCACCAGCGGUUUUGCACGCAGGACAUGUGGAAAGAAGCCUUUGGAGUUUUCCGUACCUCCAAGAAUUCUUUUCGGGACUUUGCCCAAACCCUGCUCAAGAAGAAAACGGAGCUACUCUCACAGGACAAGAAGACACCUACCAUCUUGGAUGUGUGGAGUCCACGACUUUACGGAAAGGGAGCCACCCAGAUCCUUUCAGUCCUCUUCAAGGCGCCACAUGAUCAUGAACGUGAAGUAUGGAGACAUUCUGGAUGUGACGGAGUCUUUUUCGAGCAUGCCCACCUUGGUGACCGAGACACCUUGAUGGAGGAGAGGGAAAAGUACAAGGUUGUGCACUACAAGGAUGAAGUUCCGCUGACCACGGCGCUUGCAGAUCUACAGGGUCUUGGGGAUCACAUGGGUUUGGUGUGCACAUCCCGUGGCUUGGGAGUUCGGUGCGAAAAGCAAGCCUUGAGUGCAGUUACAAAGGUGGUGCUUGGUCCCAACGCACUGGUGGGCGCGGAUAUGUUCGUGGUUAAAAAUCUUCCGCUGCACCUUUCGCGUGAUCAGGCCCAGACAGUGCUCAACACCCAGAUGGGCUUCGAGUGUGCGAUUUUGGACUUCUACGUGUACAAGCAAGCUCGCCAUGCCAAGGUGCGAGCACCUAAAGCGCCAGCGCAAACAGCAGUUACGAUGCCCACGCCAUCGGGUGAUUUCUUGGUAGAGAUUCAGCCUGUGGGUACUGUUGCUUUGAAGGCCUCAGGGGCAAAUGAGUUGCCCAACAGUGUCCGCGCCCCGCCCGCGGCAGCAUCGGCAAGAACUUCCACUUUCCCGCCACCUCCCCCGCCAGGGUUCAACAUCACUCAGAUCGGGAAGGGUGCCAUUGGAACCCCGGUGACGAUUCGGGGCCCGCAGCAACGCGCGGCCACUCCACAGGCUACGGCUACACCACAUCGCGAAGUGCAUGAGGUACGGUAUGCGGGCUUGGAGACAAAAUUCCAGCAGCAGGUGCAGAUGCUCACGGACACGGUGCAGAACAUGCAGACAAGCAUUGAACAACUGCAGCUUGCCCAAACGGCCAAGCCGACGCAGGAAGAUGAGGAGAUGACUGAUGAGCGACAUCAAACAAUUCUGGCACGUUUCGACUCGAUGGAUGCGAGGAUCUCCCAGGUGGAACAGAAAGCGGACAGCACAGAUGACCGCUUUCGAAACAUCCAGGGAAUGCUUGAGGAGCUCGUCGCAGAAAAGAGGGCCAAGUUUUCGAAGUGA